AUGCACCCGUCCGACCGACUGACAAUCAGGACCCAGCAGGGUGUCAACAGCACGACCUGGACACGCCCACCCUUCUACGGCAACGAAUCCAUUCCAGAACUGUUCGCUUUUCACGCGGAGAAGAGCCCCGAGCACCCUGUGAUAGUGUACGACGACGAACACGGCGCUGUGCGGGAGCUCCGCUACAAGGAGGUAUACCCCGCCAUCCGCAAGGCAGCCCACUUCGUCAACAAAUAUGUAUGCCUCUCGCCUCCCCCAGUGGAAUCAGAGGGUGCCGACAAGCCCCGUGUGGUGGGUAUCCUUGCCAUCGCCGACAACAUCACGCUUUCGACACUUCUCAUUGGGAUCAUGUAUCUCGGAUACACUCCAUUCCCACUUUCUGUCAGGAAUUCAGCCGUGGCUGUUGCGCACCUCGUGCGGAGGAUGUCCGUUCGCGACGUCAUCGUCAGCCCGGAUGCGGGUAUGCAGCGCAUCGCACACGAGGCCAAGGAGCAGCUCGCGAAAGAAGGCUACGAGCUCAACAUUCUCCCGCUGCCUCAGUAUCGAGACCUGUACAACGAGAGCGACGACGGACUCAACGUUAAGAUGGGCCCGCUCAAUGCAGACAAGCCGGCCGUGAUAUUGCACUCCUCUGGAUCGACGUCCUUCCCUAAGCCGAUCUCGCUCACUCAUAGAUCCCUGACCAGAUGGGGAUUCCUGACUUACUUCGGCGACUUGGACAUGUGUGGCGUACGAGCCUCCAUGCAUAGCUUGCCGAUGUUCCAUAUCAUGGGUGCCAUCAGCAUCCCCUGGAUGGUUUGCACGGGAGCGGUGAUAGCGCAUUUCCGGCCGUCGUCUCCUCCUACCAUCCCAACGCCAGACACGUUGAUACGGGCACUCUCCGCUACAGAGUGCAAGAUGGUCAUUUGUGUUCCGUCUAUGAUUGAGGCAUGGGCUCGCGACCCCGCUUACGUCUCUGAGCUCAAGAAGCUCACUUCACUCCUAUACGCCGGAGCAGCGCUGAACAAGGACGUCGGCGAGUUCCUGCUCGAUGAGGGUGUGAAGCUGGUGACCGGGUUCGGCAUGACCGAGAUCGGUGCGCUGGGAAGGAUGGGGUCCGACCCAGCGCUGAUCCCGCGCGACAAGUGGCAGUACUUCUCGCUCGCUCAGCCCGUCGACUUCAUUCGCGUCUAUCAGGAGGGACUCCCGGGCAUUUUCGAGUUGGUCGUCGUGGACGGACCGGCUUGGUCUCCGAACGCGUUCAAUACGGAAGUGAAUGGGCGCCCGGCGUACGCGACCAGCGACCUGUUUGAGGAACAUCCCGAUGACCCGAACCUCUUCCGAGUUUACGGGAGGGCCGACGACCAGAUUGUCCUGUCCACGGGAGAGAAGACCAACCCUGUGCCAAUGGAGGCCAUCUUGCUGCAGGACCCCCUCGUCCAUGCAGCGAUCAUAUUCGGCCGGGGCCGCUUCCAGAAUGGCGUCAUCGUCCAGCCGAAGCAGCCUUUUGAGCCCAAUGACGAGGCAAAGCUCGAAGAGUUCCGUAACGCGAUUUGGCCGACGGUUGAACGCGCGAAUAACUUUGCGCCCUCGCACUCGCGUAUCUUCAAGGAGAUGAUCACGGUCACGAGCCCGAGCAAGCCGUUCCAGUUUACCGCGAAGGGCACGCCACGCCGACACGUUUCGCUCGCGGAGUAUGCGGCGGAGGUCGAUGAACUGUACAGACGUGUCGAUGAAUCGUCGCAGGUGGAUGUGCAGACACCCAACGAGUGGUCGACCGACACCGUGCCCGAGUACGUGCGCGCAGUCGUGAAGAAGGUCAUGUGCGCAACAGAUUUCGGCGACGAGGACGAUCUGUUCCAGCAGGGAUGUGACAGUUUGCAGGCUACGUGGAUCCGGAACACGAUCCUGCACGCCGUGCGCACGACGACCAAGGUGUCUACCCACGACGUCCCCGGGAACUUCGUCUACUUGCACCCGACGAUCGCCGGGCUGAGCACCUUCCUGCACGGGCUCGUGUCCGGGAAGAGCAUCGAUAACUUGGAUGUGGAGCGCGUAGAGCGUCUGGUUCAGAUGAAGGCGCUCGUCGAGAAGUACUCCGCCAAGUGGCCUAGCCCGCGAUGGGAGGCGUCGGUCGCUGCGCCUGCCGCCGAAGAGACGGUGUUGGUGACAGGCAGCACUGGGCGCGUUGGCUCGCACCUGCUCGCGCAGCUGGUGCAGAAGCCGGAGGUCACGCACGUGUAUGCGCUCAAUAGGGAGCCGACGGGCGAGGCGGCGAAGCUGGAGGCGCGCCAGCGCGAGGCGUUGAAGACAUGGGGUUUGGAUCCCGCUCUUUUGGAUGGAGGAAAAGUGACGUUCCUCCCUGUGGAUCUGGCGAAGCCCUCUUUCGGCCUCGACGAGAUGAUCUACGGAGAGCUGAGAAGUUCUGUCACGGCAAUCGUGCAUAAUGCGUGGAGAGUGGACUUCAACGUCACGCUGCCGUCCUUCGAACCGCUCAUCGCAGGGGCGCGCAGCCUGCUCGAUUUCGCAUUGAGCUCGCCGCGCCCCGGAGGUCCGAGGCUGCUCUACGUCAGCUCAAUCACAUCGGCCCAAAACCAUUCCCCGGAGGCCCCGGUUUUGGAGACGCUCGACUUUGGCCCUGAGCUCGCAAUUGGGCAAGGGUACGGCGAGAGCAAGUGGGUAACCGAGCAGAUUCUCAGACGCGCCGCGAAGGAGAGCCGACUCAGGACCACCGCCGUGCGCGUUGGCCAGCUGAGCGGCGACACGCAUGUCGGUGGCUGGAGCACGUCCGAGUGGGUGCCCGCGCUCGUACGUGCAAGCAAGCGUCUGGGUGCAAUCCCGGCCGCUGAAGAUACCGUCUCUUGGGUACCGGUAGACGUCGCGGCGUCCGCUCUGCUCGAGAUGCUCUACAGCGGGGAACAGGUGCUUCACCUCAGCGCCCCUCAGCCUGUCCCCUGGAAUGCAGUUUUCGGGCCCAUCGCGGAGCGGCUUGGGGUCCCGCUCGUCCCACCGUCCGAGUGGCUCGCGAAGUUGCGCGAGUCCGCCAAGGCGGCGGAGUCUGGCCCGAACGUCGGCGCGCACGAUUCCGCGCACAACCUCCUGCCGUUCUUCGAGGCUGCGAUGUCGACAAAGGAGUUGAAGUUCGACACUGGGAAGGCGGUCACGGUCUCGAAGGCGUUGGCGGAGCUACAGCCUCUCGGGAAGGAUGACGCGCUGAAGUGGCUGCAGUUCUGGAAGGAUGCCAAGUUCCUUGAGAUUAAGUAG